GUCAUCUUCACGCGACAACAGAGUUGAGCUUGGCGCCAAGUAGUAGCUAUUAUUUUUAUUUGUUAUUGUCUUAUUUUGUCAGCUGAAACUCAAACUCAGAGACGGUAGCGAUGGACAUCCGGCGGUUCUUUGCACCGACGUCGGCCAAGUCCGCAGUGCAGAACCCCGCCCCAAAGAGAGAAGAAAAGAAGAAGGAUCCCCUUUCUUCAGAUGAGGAUGUGGCAAAGAAGAGGAAGAAGAAAGACCAUCCCAAGGUCAUGAGCUCCAAAUCACAGGAGAAAAAGAAGAAUAGUGAGAAGAAGCAGAAGAAGCGUGCAGUCAUAGAAUCAGACUCAGAGGACGAGCCGGCGAGAAAUCCAAAGAAAUCUCCUCAAAAAAGGGAGAAAAACAGCAGCAAGUCCAGACCGUCUCCCAAACAGCAUCCUGUGCAGUAUGUCUCUGAAACAGACUCGGACAGUGACACCUUUGUGUCGCUGAAGAAAUCCUCCAAUCCCAAAGAGAACGGUGCAGCCAAGCCUGCAAAAAGAGAUGAUGCUCCCGGACAGUCCACAGUCUACAGGACGUCUCCUGUCAAGCCUUCAUCAUCACACAAUAAAACAGGGACAAAGCCUCCUGUCCCCAUCGCCCCCAAGUCGGCUCCGGCCCCUGCACCCAAACACACCCCCACAUCAGUUAUGGACUAUUUUGGCAACGAAAGUGUUCAGCGCUCCAAUAAGAAGUUGGUGGCCAGCACCAAACGGAAAACUCCAACUCAGGAUCCAGAUGAUGUGACGAGUGACGAGCAAAUCGCCCGACAGCUGCAGUUGGAUGAAGCCAUGGAGAUGGAGAAGCAGGUGCACGAGGAUGAGGAGUUUGCCAGAACGCUGGCCAUGCUGGACGAAGAGCCGCUGGCCAAGAAGGCUCGCAAAGACUCCGGUGAGAAAAAAGGCGUGGUCGCGUUUCCCAAAAAGAGCAGCACCGACUCGGCUGCCGGGAGCUCGAGCAGCCCGUCGAAGACCAGCAGAAGAAGCAGCACAUCUGACUUGAUCAGCCCGUCCCCAAGGAAGAACCAGACACCCGUCAAAGCCAGCUCCAAACUGGCCAUGAUGAAGAAAAAGGAUGAGGAGAAAGAUGAAGGGACAACAAGCAAAAUUCACACGACGCCCACCAAACGUAAAGUAACUCCAAAAAAGGAGGCUGUCAGUCCCACAAGCGCAAGCAAGAAAUUCACCCCCAAAACAGCGACUGCAACCACAGUGCCCAAACCCUCUCCCAGCAAACCAGGCGUUCCAAGCACAAGCCCUGAGGACUCAGAAAAGAAGAGGGGCAACAUUUCGGCUUUCAGAAACUACCUCAACAGAGACGGACCUCGAGCUUUGGGUUCAAAGGAAAUCCCCAAGGGAGCAGAAAACUGCUUGGAGGGUUGCGUGUUUGUGUUGACCGGUGUCCUGGAGUCCAUAGAGAGAGAUGAUGUCAAGUCCCUCAUUGAGCGAUACGGAGGCAAGGUGACGGGCAGCAUCAGUAAAAGGACGACGUACCUGAUUCAGGGUCGAGACAGUGGAGUCUCAAAGCUGGAGAAGGCUGAGAGUUUAGGUACCAAGAUACUGGAUGAGGAUGGUCUGUUGGAGCUGAUUCGAACCAGACCAGGAAAGAAGUCCAAGUAUGAGAUUGCAGCAGAGACUGAGAACAAGGUUUCAAAGAGCAGGACUGUCGCCACAGAGACCCCGAAAGCACAGAAGAUCUCUCCGUCUAAGGGUAAUUCCACGUCCCCUCAAACGCCGAGUUCUUCAAAGACGGGGCGCGGGAUGGCGUCGGCUGAAGGCUCCACCCCUCCUGGGAGAGACUUGGCUCCUGCACCCCGGAGGGAGCAGGCCCCGUCUCCUGCCUCGUCCUCUGCUGUGACUGUUGAGGGUUCCAGUCUGCUGUGGGUGGACAGGUACCGGCCUCGCUCUCUGAAGGCGGUGAUUGGACAACUGGGGGAUCAGAGUUGUGCCAAUAAGCUGCUACGCUGGCUGCAGAACUGGCACAGGCACCACAGCAGUGGCGGAAAACCCCCAGCGGCAAAGUUUGGGAAGUUUGGAGCAGGGAAAGAUGAUGGCUCUGGGUACAAAGCCGCGCUGCUCUCCGGACCACCAGGGGUUGGAAAAACCACAACGGCUGCCCUCGUCUGUGAGGAGCUGGGCUUCAGCUACGUGGAGAUGAACGCCAGCUGCACACGCAGUAAGAACAGCCUGAAGGAGGUCGUUGCUGAGUCGCUCAACAACACCAGCAUCGAGAACUUCUACAAAGGCACGUCUCAGACGGUCAGCAGUAAACACGUCCUGAUCAUGGAUGAAGUCGACGGGAUGGCUGGCAACGAGGACCGCGGAGGAAUCCAGGAGAUGAUCAGCCUAAUCAAAAAUUCCAAGAUUCCCAUCAUCUGCAUGUGCAAUGACCGUAACCAUCAGAAAAUCAGGUCACUGGCGAACUACUGCUAUGAUCUGCGCUUCCAGAGACCACGUGUUGAACAGAUAAAGGCAGCCAUGAUGUCAAUCGCUUUCAAGGAGGGAAUCAAGAUCCCGCCUCCGGCCCUCAAUGAAAUCAUCUUGGCAUCCAAUCAGGAUGUGCGGCAGGUGAUCCACAACCUGAGCAUGUGGUCGGCCAAGAAUAAGGUGAUGACGUACGACCAGUGCAAGUCUGAUGCAGCCAUUGCCCGAAAGGACAUGAAACUGGGGCCAUUCGAUGUCUGCAGGAAGGUGUUCGCCGCGGGGGAGGAGACCGCCCACAUGAGCCUUAUCGACAAAUCAGACCUCUUCUUUCAUGACUAUUCACUAGCGCCCCUCUUUGUGCAAGAGAACUACCUGCAUGUCCGGCCAGCAGCGGCUCGUGGCGAUCUGAAGUCUCACCUGGUGUUGCUUAGCAAGACGGCUGAUUCAAUCUGUGAUGGAGACCUGGUGGACAGACGAAUCCGCUCUGGGCAGAACUGGUCUCUACUACCCACUCAGGCCAUCUAUGCCAGUGUGUUACCAGGUGAGCUGAUGAGGGGCUACAUGAGUCAGUUCCCCACCUUCCCCAGCUGGCUGGGCAAGCACUCCUCCACCAGCAAACAUUCCCGUAUCGUACAGGAGCUCGCCUCACAUAUGUGCUGCAGGACACUGAGCAGCAGACAAGCUGUGAACCUGGACUACCUGCCGUACCUGCGGCAGGCGCUGCUGAGUCCACUUCAGAGGCAGGGAGCAGAGGGCGCCGGCCAGGCUGUGCAGCUACUGGAUGACUACCAACUCAUCAAGGAGGACGUGGACAGUAUCAUGGAGAUCAGCAUCUGGGGUGGCCAGCCUGACCCCUACUCCAAACUGGACUCUAAGGUGAAGGCAGCAUUCACGCGUACGUAUAACCGAGAGGCUCAUCUGACACCAUACUCCCUACAAAUAACGAAGAAGGGACGCCGUGGGGGUGGAGCAGAGUUGGAGUUGGGAGCGGAGGACAUGGACCAAGAGGCCCAGGAGUCUGAGAACGAGGGGGACAGUCUGAAAGUCGAUGCCAUGAUUAAACAGAAGAAGACAAAACCCACCAAGGAGUCUAAAGAGAAGACAGAAGAUUCUGGGAAAGGAAAAGGCAAGGGGAAAGGAAAAGGCAAGGCUAAGAAAUGAGGAGGUCCUGUUCGUCAUCUUUGUAAAUCUCGCACUGUUCUAUUAAUGAGCCAAAAUAACAAAGCCAGAGUUUAAACGGUUUGGUCCUGCAGCCAUAGCACGUUAUUUUUACUCUCCAUCCGCCCCGUCAGGAUCAUGUUUUCUCCUCUUCAGUACAAUGGUCUACUGUGAAUGUGACGUCAGUGAAACAGUUACUUUUUGCUCCCACUGUGGAAAUCUGUAUGUCUCUAUUUUUUUUUCGUUCUGCUUAAUUAACAGAAAUGACUUCAGGACAUUUGUUGUAAAUUUCAAUUUUGUAAAACAAAAAAAAAAAGGACUAAUAGAGAAAUAUAUCUGUGUUCUAGUGAAUGACUAGUGCCUGUUUCAUCCAGCAAAAAGGUUACUGGUACAAAACUACCUGAGGUUUGCAUUAGCAUAUUCACCAAGUGGAUUUAUAUUGCAGAUCAACAUUUCCAAAUAUUUUACAGAGAGACAAACUGCAGGUGAUCAGUUAUUAUAUAACUUUUGACUAAAUAUACACUUAUGUAUUCUUUUGUGAUGUUCUCUGUAUGGUUGCAAUUUAGAAAAUGGAAGCUAAAACCAGGUAAUGAUUGAGAUCAAGGGCUCAUCACUUUUGAUAUCCAAAUCAGGUGACCUGUGUAGAAAUUACAGCAGGAUUUUGUAUGUGGGCCACAGCUUUUGAGAGACCAGACAAAUGGACAUCUGCUUAUUCAAAUGCACAUUUAUGUGUGCACACAAAAUGUAAAUAUUACAUAAACAUUCCAGUUGAA